AUGAGCUGCGAGUAUAGUGGGGACAUCUUUGCCCUGCGCUUUGCGUCAGCAGAAUGUAUUGAUACCGGAAGUAUCCACGCUUCCUGGGGCGCAAAGGUCGACCUGGUAACCGAAGAGGAUGCUGCCCAGGAAAUUCGAGGGAAUGCAGUACACAUAGCACGGCAACUGCAACGACCGAAACGUCUCGACGAUGAGGAUGACGACAAUAAUCCUAGCGAUGGAAAGUCCUGCGAGUGGCAGGACGAUAUGGAUAAACAAAUGAUGCGGCGCUCGACUAUUUUCAAACUACAUGAAAAUCUAAAUAAAAACCAUUGUGACUACAGUGAUUUACCGCGCAACUUUGAGCGGAGAUUUCUGGGUGACGAUGAUAUAAGUGUGAAGCACAUAUCAAUGAGUCGCAAGUCGCUGAUGAUGCUCAACGAGUCACGUUUUGUUGCGAAACGUCGCCUAACUCAACAAACGCAUCGCAACACAGAUUUCAAUAGAAAUCCCUUGCAUGGAUACGAUAAUACAGCCUUUGAAAAUGGAAAUGAGUGAAUGCAUUGAAAAUUCAAUUUAUAUAU